AGACCACUUACCACUGAGUCGGCCCCAGUUUCUCGGCUUCAGCCUCAACCUCAACCAACACAACAUUGAUCAUUGAUCAUUGAUCUCUUCUUGCAUAGUUUGUUCUUAUACCUUUUCUAACCAUUGAACCGAUGAACAACUAUGAAAUUAAUGUCUAUACUCUGACACCACGCAUGUAAUUUGUCAACUGUUGACCUUAACACCGGCUUUGAUAUGUCUGCUGAUCUUUUCGCUGCCUUCGAAGAUGUCGAGAAGCCUCCUCCACCACAGGGACAGCCACCUAAGGCUUCUUCUCAGGCUUCUCCGUUCACAAACGACCCAUUCUCUUCAGUAGUCAGAAAUGCUCUAAACACUAGCUCCCGACCUGAGCAAAACAAACCUCCAUUUACUCAGCAAUGGAACAAUAAAACAGCUUCUUGGGGCGGUCAGCUGCCAAAAAAUCAGCAGUCGUUAAGUUCAAGUACUCGGACAAGCACACCCUUGCAGCCUACUCAGUCUAAGGCUCAGGAGGAUGAUGAUGACGAUGAUGGAUGGGGUGAUUUUGAAGUCGCACCAAGCGUAGUUAGAUCAUCUACGACGCCAGUAAUAGCAACAGCUCCGGCUCCGACUCCGGCUCCGGCUCUGUCGGGACCGACGACUCAACAGUCGCAACGAACCAGGGUUGUGCGAGCAUCAACUAUGGACCUAAUGACAAAUAACCUCCUUGAACUUGAUAGUUUAUCUGCAUGGAGAGAUGGAGCGAGCGCGCCAUCGCGGACACAAGCUCCACCUAAGCAGACCAGAGCUCCGGCCCCAGCUCCGGCCCCAGCACCCACCGUUGCUCCCUCAAAAUCAUCACAGCGAACCUUUAAUACUAACCCAAACGUAUUGUUUGACGCAGACGACUUUGAAGGAGAGAAGAUAGAUGAAGGGGAUGACGACGAUGAUUUUGGAGAAUUCGAGACAGUGGCUUCCCCAAUACAAACAGGUCCAGACCUUUUAACGCAUGACAUAUCUUUGCGACCGGGGAACACCAAAAUACAAUCCGCUCAGAGACCACAAGGCUUGAAUCUAGGCAAACCUGCUUUUUAUCCUCAAGCACCACGAUCGCCAUCGUUCCAGGAAAGAAACCCAUUUCCCGGACUUGCAAUCGCUCCGGCCUCAAAGAAAGAGCCCGCAAACGAACCAUUGACCUCGCCUACGACUGCAUGGCCAUCCAUUGAUCCCACAAAGUCGGCAGGGGGCGACAGCGUUAGCGGUGAUUGGGCCGCAUCUGAUAGUUCGAAUAAAAAAACAAGACCAAAUACAAAACAAGGCGACUCGAGCUGGGAUUGGGACUCCGAAGAACCCAUUCCGCCGCAACCGGCAAAUAUUCAGGCGUCCGCAGUUGCGCCCAAGCCUAAAGAUUCAACCUGGGACUGGGAUCCCGAUCCCGUUGAUAUAAAAACGGAACAACAGAAUGAUCGCCCUGAGGACAACUUACCGCCAACCAACGUUCCCCCGCCGUCCAUACUAUUAUCAAUGUUUCCACAAUUGUUCGAUCAAGCGAACACGUCACUAUAUAAACCUGUUGGCGGACAAUCCCUCUCCAUAAAGAAUCGCGUCUUAUCAAAUCCAAAAACCAUCGAGUUCCUCAAAGGUUAUGUGGCUCUAGCAACAGUCGCAGCCCGGAUCAUCGCCGGUCGAAAGCUAAGAUGGCAUAGGGACAAGUUCCUAUCACAGCGAAUGACUAUUUCGGCGGCGGGAAGCAAAGGGAUGAAACUUGCCGGCGUGGAUAAGACACAGGCUGCUCAUGAGGACCGUGAAGCAGCCGAUGUUGUAGCCAAUUGGAAAGAACACAUAGGUCGUCUUCGAUCCGCGGUGGCUGCUGCCAACUCAUCAAUCAAGAAUAAUGCGGAGCAACUAAAGAUCCCGGAGAUCAGUGAGUCGAUGCAGAUCCAAACCGAGAAGGUAGCCCCUACUGCGCCUAAAGCUUGUCUCGUAUGUGGUCUAAAACGCAACGAGAGGGUCGCCAAGGUUGACCACGAAGUCGAAGAUAGCUUUGGCGAAUGGUGGGUUGAUCACUGGGGCCAUCUAGGAUGUAAGAGGUUUUGGGUACAGCAUGAGAAGACCCUACGCCAGAGAUAAUAGCCAGUCGCAUGCCGGGAUUAGCAUUGCAAGCUUCUCUUAGCUAUAGCAGACCCUCAGAUCGUGUUUGAUCUACCCCUUUGAAUAUCUGGCGCCAAUUUCGGCUACAAUGGCUGCAGGUAGUGUCUAGAAAUGCGCCUAACCUCUAGAUUCAAGAUAAAGCCUAGUACAGGACAUGAUCCUAAUCGAAUAUCUAAACAAGGCUUUAAGAUUGCAUCCUCAG